GCUCCGCCCGGAGAGGGCGGCACAACGGGCGGCCAGGCGGGAACAGGGGGGAAGAAAGCCCUGGGACCGCGCAGGCGUCGCCUCCGUCGCCGCCUCCGCCGGCGGGGAUGUGCGUCGAGGGCCCCGGGCUCCCCCGACGGACCACCGAGCAGCUGAAGAGGCCGAGCGCUGAGCGGGCGGGAGAAUGGGGUGCGGGAAGAUGGCGGCGCCGGCAGGGCCGGCGGCUUCGUCGAGCAUCUCACUGUCCCGCAGCAGCAGCCGCUCUCGAGCGGGAGGCGUGAGGAGAAGCUGCCAGUGGCUCAUUUACUGGGUGCCGGUUCUCUUCAUCGGGAGCAUCGUCGCCUGGUCCUACUACGCGUACGUCGGCCAGCUCUGCUUGAUAACCAUGACAAAUAUUGGAGAAAAAGUGGUGUGCCUGCUUGCCUACCAUCUAUUUUUCACGAUGUUUGUGUGGUCUUACUGGAAAACAAUCUUUACAUCACCAAUGAAUCCUUCCAAAGAAUACCACCUGACCUAUGCAGAUAAGGAACUGUUAGACAGAGAAACUAGAAGCGAAAUCCAUCAGGAAGUGCUGAGGAGAGCAGCCAAGGACCUCCCCGUCUACACAAGAACAAUGUCUGGAGCAAUCAGAUACUGUGACAGAUGCCAACUUGUAAAACCAGACCGUUGUCAUCACUGCUCUGUUUGUGAUAAAUGUAUUUUGAAAAUGGAUCAUCACUGCCCUUGGGUGAACAACUGUGUUGGAUUUUCCAAUUACAAAUUUUUCCUUCUUUUCUUGGCAUAUUCUCUGUUAUACUGCCUUUUCAUUGUUGCAACCGAUUUACAGUAUUUUAUUAAAUUCUGGACAAAUGGCCUUCCUGAUACUCAAGCCAAGUUCCAUAUUAUGUUUUUAUUCUUUGCCGCAGCCAUGUUUUCUGUCAGCUUAUCAUCUCUCUUUGGAUAUCACUGUUGGUUAGUGACCAAAAAUAAAUCAACAUUAGAGGCAUUCAGAGCACCUGUUUUUCGACAUGGAACAGAUAAGAAUGGAUUUAGCUUGGGAUUUGACAAAAACCUAAGACAAGUCUUUGGGGAUGAGAAAAAAUAUUGGUUCCUGCCAGUGUUUUCCAGCCUAGGUGAUGGAUGCUCCUUUCCUACCUGCCUUGUUAACCAAGAUCCUGAGCAGGCUUCUACUCCUUCUGGACAUAGUUCUUCAAACAAAAAUGAGAAUAGUCAUCAUUUUCCUGCUAAACCAUUACGAGACUCCCAAAGUCAUCUCCUUACUGAUUCUCAGUCUUGGACAGAAACCAGCACAAGUAUUGAAAAUAACAAAUCGGGUAUGACCAAUCCUGCACUAACGAUGGAAAAUGAAACCUAGUCAUGCAAGUACAAGAGAGAAAUUCUGGAUCUUUAAAUUAAGAAUUGUUGAUGAGAGGAUGAGGGAUUCCUCGACAACAUCAGCAUCCAUUGACCAGCUGUUCCAGUCCACUGCAGCAUGGAUGUGCCAGAAGAUAUUUCAAGAUCUAAUUUAGCUGUCUCUGUAUCAUCACUUGAAAUAUAAGACCUGUUACCAUCUCUUACAUGUAUGAAAAGAAUGUUUUGGGUAACACAAAUUAUUGUUAAAAUUCAAAAGGAAUGUCUUGAAGAUUACACAUUGGGAAAGCAGGUAGUCUUUCCUUAAGACGUACAGGACAACACCUAGUCCUUUUUAAAGGACUAGGUUAAAAGGGGGAUUUUUGCAUUGGCAUUGAUAGCUCAGGUGAGUGUAACCUAUUUUCAUAUAACCUGAACCUGCUCUUAUGGCAAUUCUUGAAUCUUUUAAGUUUUGCCUCUGGUUUCCACAUACAAGUUAUCUUUAACCAUGCAAAUAUAUUCUCAACUUUUAGCAAUUGAUUUGGGGAGCUUAGUAGGCUAGAAUGAUUGGACUAUAUUUUGAAUCCUACCUUCAGCUGGGUUAGUCACACUUUUAAAUUUAAACUAACCUCAGUUAGAUAGGUUGGAUAAGUUUUAGGAAAGGUUUUGUUUGAUGCUAAUAUAAUAGCCCCCCCCCCACUUUAUACAUGACUCACCUACUUCUAGCUAGGCUACAAUUUCUCUUAAAUCAUACAGGGGAAGCAGAAGACAAACUCCAUCCUCAAUUUAUGUGCAUGUAAAACAUGAUCGGAGCAAAGUUUAGUGAGACUAUAAAUGUGUGAUUGUUUACUAUUCAGUUAUUCAACCUUAUUAGGAGUGUUUGAUAUUAAUAUUCCUUGAGACUGCUAGGCUUCAAAAGCUUAACCUAAAUUUUGUGCCUUUAAGAGGCUCCAUUUUAACUAGAUGAAUCUUUUCUCAGUUUGAUUUAGCAUCCUUAAAUUGCUGCAUUCCUCAUCAUUACCCUGAUGAUGUACAUAUAAGAUGUAUAUUAUCAUGUAGAACAUACUAAAAUUAAUUACUGUGAUGACUACACUCUGGAUUAUGAAGCCAAGUGGGCUUGCAAAGACCCUUUUUAUUUUAAAUGAAACUAACAGUUGUUUAGGCUUUUGUAAGAUUUGUCAGACAUUUCUGAAGCCAAGAAAACUGAAGUUUCAUAAUACGUUUUUUAUCAGUGCCUUUGCAUGCACGGUAUCUCAGAUGAAAUUAUAUACAUUUAAUGGAUCACUUAAAAUAUAUUGUGCUGUUUACAUAAAAUAGGUGGUAAUAUUUAAUUCCAAGAUGGUUUGUAGAAGUUGGUAAUAUUAUGAGCAGAGGAAAUUAUACGUAACUCACAAGGGUGCAUUUGUGAAACAAAUUGCCACUUUAAAAUCAGUUGGGUAGUCAGAUUUUUAAAUUAUUAUAGACACAGUAGGAUGCAUAUCUGCCUCCGUGACUUACCCUACAGCUGCAGUUGCACCAAGUAAAAAUAUUUUUUCAAAAGCAGGAGGACCAUUAGAGCCCAGUUCCUGAGUGAAUCACUGUUAAUGUUUUUCUGAAACAUUAAGAACGUUAUUUCCUAUUCUUCAGGCAACAAAGAAGACUUGGAGGAUUACUUCAAAAUUAAUCACCCAUGUAAAUAAGGUUCUAUUAAAGUGAAAUGGUAUGAUGUCUCUGACAUCAUUGCCAUUAUAACUGGAAGGCCGCCCCUCCCCCCAUGCAACCCCUAUCUACAUUUUAAUCCAAAUGAGUCGUUACAGGUUCAGUCACCAGAAGUGCCAGAAUAUGUCCCUGGGAUAUUUGAGAUCAUUGUGAUCUGCAUUACAUAGUUUUACACAGUAUGUGCAGAUGUGUUUUGCAGCCAAUAGUUUCUAUAGCAUAAUGUUGUAUUUACUUAGUGUUCAAUGUUGGAAGUGGUCAUGAGAAUCACAGGGACCGAAUGGGAAAGACUGGUACUUUCAUUGCUUCAUCAUAAUGCACAUUGUGAUGUGUAUUCUGGUUAUGCAGGGCUGCCUUUGAUACUUUACCAGCAUUCAUUAAAAUGUGUAUAAAAUGAAGGGGAAAGCUGAAAUUCAGUUUUCGUGGGACACAUUUAUUACAGAUAAAAUCUAUCUUAUAGUAUUUUUCAGUAAAAUUCAGACUAUCAGAGCACAUUUUAAAUAUGGCUCACAUUGCUGCAUCAUGGAAAGGAAGAUUGAUGACUGUGUCCGAUUCCAGUAUUUAAGCAUACCUCCUGGGAAAGUGGGGUUCAUGCAAAAGAUUGAGCCAGCCUAUGAUGGGUGUAAAUGCAUUAUCAUGAUGCACUUUUUCCAGCUAAUUCAGAUGUCACACAUAAUUAUUAAGGUAGGAAUGGCUGUUAUACAUCCCGACCAUAUUUUCUUGAAUGUAAAUACCAGUGCUAUCUGUGAACAAUGGGGCUUCACAAUAAAAGCGUGUGGGAUUAGGGAGUGAGCAAAUAGCAGAAGUGGGUGUCAUAGGUAGUAAGUGGUGAUGUAGGUAUGGCUACUGCAGAAUUUUAGAGAAGCUCUAUGACUUCCUGUUUCUGGAAAUGCAAAUUUCAAAUUCCUUCAUAAAUUAUAGUACGGGAGAAAGGAAUCUUUUCGCACUCCGCCUCCACCUGCAUGGCUAAAACACCGAUUAACUGAAAACUAGGACUCUCACUUUAAUUAAAGACAUUUUGGUCAAUUGUGUGGGUUUUGGCUGACUGGUCAAUUUAAUCUGCUGAUUAAAUUUGCAUAAACUUUUACACAGGUAAAAACAAUAAUUUUGAAGGAACAAAUAUACUUUUGUUUUUAGAUGAACUAUUCCCUCCAAUGUAUAAUGGAAGGGAAAUGUCUCUUAAGAAGCUGCUUGCUGUCUUAAGUCUGUAGAAGUAAUUAUGUUUUCAAAUUGUUUUUAAAGCUGCUGCCCUAUUUAGCAGAGGACACAAUUUUAGGUGAUUAAAAUGUUUGAGUGCUUUGA